UCUGGUGGUCUUAGUUAGAUCGUCUCUGAACCGGCGACCCUUUAAACCUCCUUUAUUGACUCCGUCUCUCUACGCUCUUGACGCACCGUGGCACCGGUGUGAUGGACAACUCUGGCAUGCUCCGUGGACUGCUCUGCCUUGGCCUCGUGGCCGUCCUCUGUCACGGACAGACGUCGCAAGAAGUUUCCUCUGAAGACUUUGGAGUAGACCGAAGCGACGUGGGAGCAGAGAGAGAUUUUAUCGAGGCGAUGGAGCGCAUUCUAGGGAAGAUGCACGACCGCGUCUCGCCCCCAGAGAAGAGAGGCAUCCAAAUGUGCGGGAUGGGCGACAGGUGUGCCAUGAAAUUCGGUCCCCGCAUUGGGAAACUUUGUGACUGCGGCAGAGGGGCCAACUGCAACUCCUACCUCCUCAAGUGCAUCUGAGCCACUCAACUCACACACGGAAUCACCGCAAGCAACGGAUCCGCAGCAGAGCAUCCACAACCGGACCCCCAGUCCUUCCAUCACUAUCCCCAUCACCCCCAUCUCCCCCCUCGCCGGGGGGCCUCUGCAGCCGUCGCAAUUGCAGUUCACUACUAUGUCUUUGUUAAUGCGUUGUGUGUUUUUACUCAUCGACGUGUUUCAAUGUGUAUGGCUUUGUUGUCGUCGUCGUCGUCGUCGUCGUCGUCCCCCUUUAAAAGCCAUUGAUUGUGCACAUUUCUGAUUGUUCAUGUAGCAUGUAAAUUAUGAAUAAAAACAUGAGGCCAUGUUGCCUUACUUGAAUUCCCUUCAGGUUGAACUUUUUUUAUUUAUUUAAAACACCAUUAUUCAUUGUUGUUAUAGGCCUGUAAUGAAAUGCUCGACUAUAAAUUCGCUCUUUGA